GACAUGGAUUUUACAACAUGGAUGAAAGAAAUGUAGGAUGAAGUUGAUUUUCAGAGUAAAACAGUGAAUGUAGGCUCAUGGGUGCCAAUGGAAGCAAGAGCAGGAAGAAUCCACCACAACAUAAUGAAGAAAGUCAGUACUCAUCUGGAUGGCGUGGCUUUCUAUCCAGUUUGGGCGUCUCUGUUCCUUCAGGGUUGCACAUCGGGUCACGACGGAUGAUUCGGGAAAAGAGGACAUCUGUCCCAGAGUAUGUUCUGUCUUCAGUGCCUGACCCUGAGAACUUACACAUGGAGUGGAGCCUCCCUGCUUUUAUCAACAUGUUCUUACCUGAGUUUCCCCACCGCAGCAUCCCAGGACAUGAGCACUUCCAGAUCCUGGGUUACAUUGCCAAAGGAUCAUUUGGUCCCAUCUUGAAGGUGAAGGACAAGUCAAAACAAAAGACUUAUGCACUUAAGGUCAUCCCGAAGUCUGAGAUUCUUCGUCUGGGUGUGCUGGACCAGUCUAAGGAAGAGGUGAUAAUCCAGCGUCAGGUCCACCAUCCUUUCAUCCACGACCUGCAGGACUGCUGGCAGACCCAGCACCAUCUCUAUAUUAUGUGUGACUACUGCAGCACAGGAGAUUUAUACACCUACUGGGUGAUGAUCGGUCAGUUUGGAGAAGAUGCAGUUAAGGUGUUUGCUGCCGAGCUCGGCUCUGCUCUAGGCUUUCUUCAUGAUUUUGGAAUCAUCCACCGUGACGUUAAGAUGGAGAAUGUUCUUUUAUCGGAUCAGGGGCAUUUACGCCUGGCUGAUUUCGGUUUGUCCCGGAGGCUCGAACGUGGCGGAAGGGCAUUCACUAUCUGCGGGACAAUUCAGUACAUGGCUCCUGAAGUGCUGAGCGGGGGUCCGUACAGCCACGCUGCUGAUUGGUGGUCACUCGGGAUCCUGCUCUUCGCAUUGGCUACUGGCAAGUUCCCCGUACCUCCAGAAUCAGAUCACUGUUGCAUGCUGAGGAAGGUACGCGGCUUCCCUUACGAGAUGCCCAGAAGCUUCUCUCCUCUGUUUGCCCUUCUGCUGGCGGAGUUGCUGUGUAAGACCCCGCCAUGUCGCCUGAGAACACUGGAGCGCUUCAAGCGCCAAACCUUUUUCCAUGGCACUCCGUUCGACUGGCAACUGUUACAGAAAAAACCCAUGGACCUCAUCCUGGAACUGAAGAAGCGGCCCGAUCGACCUGCCACAGCUUGCCGAGGUCUCACACUCGAACCAUUUCCCAAUUUUGAUUUCGACUGCGAUUUCCUCGGAGGUUCAACCAACAUCUCUGCUCAAGAAACACUAACAUUAGCCAAUGUGGAAGUAAUGGAAGCUGUUGAUCAAGGGACAAUAAUUCCGAGCGAUGUUCCACAGAGAGCAUUUUUGUAGCAAGAUGCUAACUGAAUGUUGUUAGUUUGAAAUGUGUAGCACAGGAUUUUAUAAUUUUCAUAAUUUGUUACUUCACUGUAAGAAAUGCUUGU